AAUCCGUAACGAUAUAUCGUGGUCGAAAAAUCAUCGUUCUCAAUUCUAAAACCAUCGAUAGUGCCACCCAUGUUUUUGCAGCCGCCCCAAUGGAAAUGCAAGAAUUUUGCGAGAAUCAGGAGCAGCUGGAAGACGACUUUGAUGAAGAGAAAACGGGCAAUCGUACUACAGAUGAAAACCGCAAACAAAACCACAGCGAGAUCGAGAAGCGGAGAAGGGAUAAGAUGAACACGUACAUCAACGAGCUCUCCUCCAUGAUACCCAUGUGCUAUGCCAUGCAGAGGAAGCUGGACAAGCUCACGGUGCUGCGGAUGGCGGUGCAGCAUUUGCGCGGGAUACGAGGCAGCGGCAGUCUGCAUCCGUACGUUGGCGCCGACUUUAGGCCGAGCUUUAUGUCGGACCAGGAGCUGAAGAUGAUAAUAUUGCAGGCCUCGGAGGGUUUUCUGUUUGUUGUGGGUUGUGAUCGUGGACGCAUCCUCUAUGUGUCCGACUCGGUAUCCAGUGUUUUGGAUUGCACGCAGGCGGAUCUGUUGGGGCAGAGCUGGUUCGAUGUCCUGCAUCCGAAGGAUAUUGGCAAGGUGAAAGAGCAGCUAUCCUCGCUGGAGCAGUGCCCAAGGGAGCGCCUCAUCGAUGCGAAGACCAUGCUUCCCGUAAAGACAGACGUCCCUCAGAGCCUCUGCCGCCUGUGUCCUGGUGCCCGUCGCUCCUUCUUUUGCCGCAUGAAACUGCGUGCAGCAAACAAUCAAAUCAAGGAGGAAUCAGACACAUCGUCCAGCUCACGCAGCUCCACCAAGCGCAAGUCCAAGCUGAGUAUAGAACACAAGUAUCGGGUUAUUCAGUGCACCGGCUACCUGAAAUCAUGGACGCCCAUCAAGGAUGAGGAACAGGAUGGCGAUAGCGACGACCAGACAACAAAUCUCUCCUGCCUGGUAGCCAUCGGCCGCAUACCACCCAAUGUGCUCAACCCAAGUGUACCCACCUCGCUGGAAACCCAUCCGAACAUUCGGCAUGUGCUCUUCAUCUCCCGACACUCGGCGGAGGGAAAGUUUCUUUUCAUCGAUCAGCGUGCCACCCUCGUGAUUGGUUUCCUGCCACAGGAGAUCCUUGGGACCAGCUUUUACGAGUAUUUCCACAACGAAGACAUCGCCGCACUGGUCGAGUCCCACAAGAUUGUCAUGCAGGUGCCAGAGAAGCUCACCACGCAGGUGUACCGCUUCCGCUGCAAGGACAAUGGCUACGUUCAGCUGCAGAGCGAGUGGCGUGCCUUCAAGAAUCCCUGGACGAAUGAGAUUGACUACAUAAUUGCCAAAAAUUCUGUCUUCUUGUAAUCUGGCAUCUGGCUCCCCAAUGCCAGAUUCCAUUUGUUUGAUAAUCUACCUUAACCGUAACUCAUUUUAUACCAUAAUUAAACGCACAAAAUCAAUUGGAAAAUGUUAGAAUGUAUCUCCUAUAUGUACGAGUAUGUCUACGAGUCUAAGAGAGUUUUCGCAGAGUAAUAUAUGUAGUACAUAGUAUAAUAAACAACAAAUAGUU